AUUACGGCCAUUUUAGUUUUACAGUAUCUUGGCGCUCGGCUUCUAGAAACAUAACCUUGUUUUAUUGAGAAUUUCUGUGGAAUAAUUUAAAAUUUCCAUUAAAAUUUGUCAACUGUGAUCUAUGAACUUGUGUCUCCGUAAGUUUAUGUUUCGGUUUUACAGUUUAAAAGUGUUCAAUAACAAUUUUAAAACGUCUUAGACUGUAUUAGCUAGCUUCGUUUGUUUUGUGUGUGGCUUGAAGCGGUUCUCGAUAAUAACAACAAAUGGCUACAAGCGGUAGCGGCCCUACUCCUAAGAAAGUAAAAAAAUUGGAUCAAAGUGGUGAAGGCGACGAUUCAUGCAGAGAUUACGAUGCUGAAACGCAAAAAGCUUUGGAGGAUAUUGAUGCCUGUCAGAAUGAGAUCGACGCACUGAAUGAAAAGGCAAGUGAAGAUAUUCUUAAAGUUGAACAGAAGUACAACAAGCUUCGUAAACCAUUUUUUGAAAAGAGAAACGAAAUCAUCAAUAGAAUAUCAAACUUCUGGGUUACUGCAUUUGUUAAUCAUCCACAAAUAUCAGCUAUUUUGGAUGAGGAAGAAGAAGAUUGUCUACAUUACCUCUCAAAGUUGGAGGUUGAAGAGUUUGAAGACAUCAAAUCAGGAUACAGAAUAAAUUUCUAUUUUGACGAAAAUCCUUAUUUUGAAAAUGAUGUCAUCAAGAAAGAAUUUCAUCUUGGAUCUUCUGGUGACCCAGCUUCGCAGAGUACAACAAUUCGAUGGAAAGAAGGCAUGAAUCUAACAAAGAAAACCGACAAAAAUAAAACUGGAAAAGCUCUUAGUAAGCGGUCCUUGGAACACAAAACUUUCUUCGGUUGGUUUUCUGAUCAUGGCGAUCCUUCGGCUGAUGAUAUUGCAGAAGUAAUUAAGGACGACAUGUGGCCCAACCCUCUGCAGUAUUACCUGGUACCAGACAAUGACGUCGAGAAUGGAAUCGAAGAGGAUGAAGAAGAUGGCAGCUUUGAUGGAAACGACGAAACGGGAUUGGAAGAAGUAGAAGAGGAGGAAGAAGACGAUGGCGAUGAAGAGCUUGGUGAUGAACCCACUGGUGAGUUUGAGGGUGAAUUUGAAAGUGAUCCUGGUGAGGAAAAUUAGAAAUUCUUAUCCAUUUUUAAAAUAUUACAUUAUUUACAAACUGAAUUUUUUUCGUAUCUCAUUCAUUGUUGAACAAUGAAGGUAAAAUUUAAUAUUUUGAUUUUCUAUAAAACACAAUCUAGGGAACUGUUAUACCGUUAAAUAGGUACAUCAAUUCGAAUAGAAAUUAUUUUGUAAUGAUUUCUGCUUGGAAAAACAAAAGUAUUGGCCUAACAUGUCGGUAGGCCGACCAACAUAAUAAAACUGAAGUAAGAUGUUUCACUUAGUUACGGUAUAAGUUUGCUAUCGUAUUUUCUAAAAGUUCUUAGUUCACUAUCUCCCUAGAUCAAUUACAAAUUGAAGGUUUUGGUUUAGUAUGAUUGAGUUAUGCGCGAUUGACGAGUCAUAUUUGUUGAUUAUUCCUUCCAAUUUGAGUUUAAAUCAUGUUAAAUUAUUUAAAAAAUUCUAAAAAGUAAAUUGCUUAAUCAGAUUUAACUCUUCUCAGCAAAAUUAGUUUGUAAUCCGAAUAUAACCUAACAUAUUUUUAAAAAUGAACCCCAGUAUAUUUUUAAGAAUUUUUAUCAUAUUAGAGCCACUGUCCAUGUAGAAAUAUAUAUGUCCUCAUUUUUAUGUUCUCAAUAAUUCACACUCAUUGGUUACAUUUUAAGAAAUUGAAUCAUCAAAACUAAUAAAUGCCUAUCAAUAAUUAUUGUUCAAUAUUAUCGUGCUUCUAUCAUCCAAAAAAGUACAUCUUAACUUGGUACAUCCGCAUUAUAAGUGAAUCGAGUUUAAGAAAAUCUUUACAUAUAGUCUCAUUUGAUUCAUCUAAAUUCAACUCAACUGAUAGUAUAAGUUAAAAUGUAAAACUAUCCUGGCACCAAAUAACAUGCCCCAAUACUUCUUAGCUGAGAUAGAAAAUGUAACUAGACCGUAAAUGAUGAAAUGUGAAUUAUGAUUCAUUUCCAGUCAAGGUGGUCCUUUUCUAUCUUAUGAAUUUAUCAUAAUAUUCAUCACGUAUUUAAUUCGUGGAGUGAACACGAUUAUUUUUGCUAUCUUGUGGUGUAAAGGCAUUUUUCAUUGUUUUAAUGGUAUUACCUAUUGUUAUUUAUUCAGAACUCUAAAUAUUUUUAAAAGUUGUAUUAGAAACAGUCUGAUUAAGAAUUCAAAGAAACCCUUAUCUGUUAAUUUUGCUGAAAAGUAUGAUUUUAAAGAUUGGAUGGUUACCACAUAUUUUACAUCACAUGAAUAAUCUGGUUAUCUUUAUUCAGAUGUCAAGGAACCCCCUCUCGUUUCUGUGGAAAAUCAAACUUAAUCAAAAUAUAAUUUAUAUAAAAUUAUCCAAACUAGAAAGAUCAUAAACUGAUGCAUUCGACAAAAAAUUAAUAUUGUAAAAUCUUAUACAUACCAACAUCACAGUUACAUACAGCAAUUCUGAUUCGUUUAUCAGAUCAAUGACUACCGUCACUGACUUCAUACGAAGCUGAUAUUGAGUCCUAAUCAUCAAUUUAACAUUGCAUUUUUGUAUAUAAAGUGAUUGAUCUUAUCUUGAAGAACCAACUGUAACGUUUGUUCUUAUUGUUAUCAUUUCAUGUUUCCAAGUAAGUGUAUUAUGUAUUGAUCCUGUUUAAUUUAUUUGUAAAAGUAAUCAUAUUUUGAAUACAACCUGUAAAUAGUGAUCAAUUCUCUCUCUUUUACUUGUGAGCUUUUCAAAUUCGUUCACCCUGUGAUCUGGCAUCAUGAAAUUUUCAUAAUUGAUUGUAGGCUAAGUUUUUUUAAUAGUCCCUAAUUUAUUGUAGAAAUAACGUUCUAUUGAAGCUAUUUUAUCCUUGCGACAUUUUUCUGUCACAUUAGUGUGUGAGUUUCAUGUCUAAACAGUGAUUGUUCCAUCACAAACUUGUUCCAUCACUCAUGCACAAGUCUUGAAAUUAAAUGGGCAUCAUCCUAAAUAACAAUCAAUGGAAACAUUAAAACAAUUAUUCUCAUUUCACAAUCUUUGAUUAGCUGAAUAUAAUUCUAUAGCAGAUGUGUGAUGUUUAACUAUUUUAAAUUCCAUUAAAUUAGCUGAACAAUCAAGCAUUGAAAUCUGACAUUCAACUCUAAUUAAGCAUUAAGCAUUUAGAAUGCGAUUCGAUAUAUUCACAAUGCAAAUUCUUUUGAAAUUUUUGUGCUGUGAAGAUGAUGUUGUAAUAAAUAUCCAUAUUAAAUGAAACGACUUGAUGUUGUCAAAACCACUGGUUUAUUAAAUCUAUAUAAUUCAUAAAAAAUUGAUUUUGAAUCGUUUUAAUAAACCAGUGGUUUUGACAACAUCAAGUCGUUUUGCAUCAUUUUUUUUUUUUUUUUGAAAUUGUGCAUCCAUCUCGAAUAAUACUUUGGUGGCCCUUGCUUCACACAUGAAGAAAUAAGUUACUUAUGUACUUUGAGUACUCCCGCUAAAAGUCAGUCUCUCUUAAUACUCUUUGAACCAGCUUCACUAGUCCAGUGUGAGCCUCAAAAUUGCUUGGUGCCACCCACAGGUUUUUUUAAACAAUAUUUAAUCAAAUCAUACUGAUAAAAUAUUAAUAAAGUACUCAUCUUUCUUUCCAAAAAUUAAUAGAUUGAGAUUACACAUUAAAAUGUAUACGCCUAUUGAUGUCAAUAUGGAUUGUGAAUUUAUCUUAUCAUAUUCUUGAAAUGCUUUACAGGUAUAUUUACUAGUUUUCAACCUACAACUGUAUCAAUACCUUGUAGGAAAUUCUACUCUACUCCUACCUGUGACUUAUUACCCAUUUUGUAUUAAAACUGUCUCUAGGAAAUUGUAGCUUCAAUAUUGAACGGUCAACUUGGUUUUUAAACUCAUUCAUUCUGUACUCAUAAAAAUUGUUAAUUGAACUCAUUUGGCGUCAACUCAUUAUUAUCUAUAUGUUCAUUAAUGGCUUUAUUCAGACUGAAGUCUUACUGUUAUCAUCCAUGAAAUCGUUUACUUCACAGCUCUACAUUAAUUUAAUAAUUGGCUAUUCAUGAAAAAAAAUGAUUUCCAUAUUAUUAUAGAUCUUAACACAUUGUUUUUUAUGAUUAAGUGUAUGGUUCUGAUUGAAAAUAAAAAAAAUUCUGUAGCAAAACUGGAGCAAGAUAAAAAAUUCAUAACACAUUCCACUAAAACAUGGCAUUCAGUUAAUUUCAUGUUCUUGUGUAAAUCAAACCUCCAAGAAGUCUCCUCUUCAACUAUAUGUACCUUCGAUGUUCCCUCACUAUAAUUUAUUGAAUUCUUGUACCUCUGACCAGUGUAUUUGAAAAAUGAUAUUAUAUUUUUAUUCACAUAAAAUGCUACGAUUUGCAUAUUAUAAGAUGUGUAGCAUUAGAAUUUUGUAUUAGAAAUUAACUUUGUUUUGUUUCACAAUUUAGAUCUUGAAAACUGAUCCUGCAUUUUAUAUAUGCUUUUAUUCAUAUUUAUGUGUAAGUGGAGAUUGUAAAUAUGAGAGUUUAAAUAAAAUAAAGUUAAAAAACCA